AUUGAACGAAAUGGAAUUGCUGUUGAAAUAUAAUGCAGAAUUAAAGGAUUGCGUGAAAAAUUUAUUAGCACAAUCGGCAUCGAAAAAAUUAACGAAGUCUUGUCCAACAGUCAAUGAAAACAGUAAAAGUAACUUGUUAGUACGAAAAUUGAUGAGAAUUUCUGACAAACAAAGUCAGGCCGAAUCUUGCGGGAACAGAUACGAUUGCACAGUGAAAAAGUUUGCAUCGUAUAUUUUCAUGAUUGGUGGAAGAUUGUCGUACGAAACGUUAUGCGCGAACUUGCCUCUACCAUCCCCCUCAUCUGUCAGUCGGUAUUUGUUAGAAAACGGACCAGACAUCAUUGAAGGGCAGCUUCGAUUGCAGGAAUUGAAAAAUUACUUAAUCAAGGCCGACCUGCCUCUAGUCAUAUGGGUAAGCGAAGAUGCGACGCGUAUUACUGGCACCGUGCAAUAUGACCCAAAAACUAACCAAUUAAUUGGGUUGGUAUUACCAACAGAUAAAAAUGGAAUGCCUAAGUGCAAAUCUUUCAUGGCAACGUCACCAAAAGUAAUGGAAGAAACGAUGCAAAAUAUUCCAAUUGCUUCUUUGGCGUACACAAUUAUGGCACAGCCUUUACAAAAAAAUGCGGCGUCAUUUUGUCUGUGCAUAUUUGGAACCGACAAUAAAUUCACAGCCGAACACGUGCUUAACAGAUUCCAAUUUAUUUACGAACAAUGUCAGCAAUUCGGAAUAAGAGUAUUAGGAUUUUCUUCGGAUGGUGAUCCAAGAUUGUUAAAAGCGAUGAGGAUUGAAAGCCAAAUAGGUAUUUCGAAUCUUGAUUUACUCUUUGGUAAAGAAAAUUGGACAUGGUUCAACAGUGAAUUUUGCAGUGAGUACUUUGUUUGCCAGGAUACUGUACACAUUGGUACAAAGCUAAGAAAUCGCUUCAUCAAAAACUCAAUUGUUCUGCCGAUGGGAAACAAUAUAGCGACUGUUAGUCACCUGAAACUAUUGAUACAGUCACAAUCUAAAGACAAACACCAGAUAACUUAUUCUGACUUGGACCCAAAGGAUAAAAUGAAUUUCCCUUCUGUUCAAAAAAUAUGUCAAGAAAAUGUCAGAAAAUUACUCAAUGAUACAGUACCUGGCAGCGAAGGAACAUGUCAGUAUUUGAAAAUACUACAUAACACCGUAGUUUCAUACAUCGAUUCUGAAUUAACGCCGUUGGAAAGAAUAUUUAGCAUCUGGUAUUCUGUGUUUUGUUUAAGGAUGUGGCGUGCAUGGAUUUCGGCAAAUGACAGUUACACUUUGGGCAAAAAUUUUAUAACUUCCAACUGUUACACAUGCAUUGAAAUAAAUGCUCAUACGCUUAUUGACGUCAUCAUACGCCUGAGAGAUUCGGACCAACCAGAACUCUUCCUGCCAUCUUUAUAUAGUAGUCAACCAUGUGAAAGCUUUUUCCGACAAGUCCGUUCAAUGUCAUCCACGUACUCGACUAUUGUCAACUGCAGCAUGAUGGACAUCAUUCAUCGUCUCAAUAGAAUUCAAGUACAAAAUGAAAUCAUCAUCGAAGAGUCAGAAAAUAUUAUAUUUCCAAGAUUUAGGGAGAGAAAAAGUGUAAUCAAUGUCAACACAUAUCCACUACCUUCUAAUCAAGAAAUACAGAAAACCGUUGAAGACGCGAAAUGUCGAGCUAUUGAAGAUCUCGGGAACCUUGGUAUAUUUUUCAACAAUAUCUUAUGUACACUGCCUUUUUCUGCAAAGUCUAUUCAACUAGACUCAGACGACGAAUCUGACAGCGAAGAAAUCAGCGAGGAAACGGAGAGCGCAAAUGAAGACACUAUAUCUGCAGAACUUGAACAUGAUAUGAUUACGUUGCAGUCUGUAACAGGAACUUUGGAACUCAAAAAUUACUCCACCCAAACAGUUCAACUAAAUGAAACGAGUCCAUUUGCAGUCGUGCGUGAUUCGUCGCAAGCCGAAUACGUCGUUAGAAAAUCGUCCAUUUGUUGGCUGCUUAAUAAAACCAAGCACCGUUUAAGUAGCGACAGACUUCAGAGAGUACGAGAAAUCGAACUGCCGCAUUUGUCCAAGAAGGAAUCAGCUACUAGAUCAAAUACUGUCGAAGAGAAUCCGGAAAUAAGUAUAGGGACAUGGAUGCUUUUUAGAGAAGACACUGAGGCAGAAACGAAAUACAGAGUAGGCCUUGUUCUUGGAUUCGUCUAUCUAACUGGAAAAACAGACCCACAAAGAGAAUACUCCAGAUUAAGCGCUGACGUCAAUAAUGAAAGUAUUGGCGUACUAUGUACCUGGUAUAGAUUAAUAAGUUCUAGUCUCCGUCCGGCACCAGUGGGGUCACAUGAUUACAAAUGCAUUUCUGGAUAUAUGCGAACUUUACCAACACCACAGAUAGUUGAUGGGCAUAUUUUUUAUUCGGAUUUAGUUUUGAAACUAAUCCUCGAGAUUAUUCCUACAACUUCACUCCAAGGUAAAGAUGCAAAUAUCGGAAAUUUUGUGCUGAUCGAAUUUCUCACCAAAAAAACCAAAAAAUACUACAUCGGCGUUGUUAAAAGUAUCCAAUCAAGAGACAGAGAUUGCGAGGAAGAUUAUGAAGUCAAAUUCAUGCGAAAAGUGACGAAUUCGUCGAGCUCCAUAUUCGUUUUUCCAGAUGUGGACGAUACAAGUUAUGUAACAGGAGAUCAAAUAAAGCUAAUUCUGAGCAACCCGAAAAUUGACCGAAGACGUCAUCAUGUAUUCAGUGAUUCUGAUUUGUUAGAGUACGCUGUGAUUUAAAAGUUAAUUGAAGAUCGUCUCAAUUGCUAAAAAAUAUAUAUAAUUAUGUAUCGUUAACCUCUCCAGAGUACUAUUAGCAUAAAUAUACAGAGAAUAUUAUUAUAAUAUAUAAAUUAUGGUUGCGUUGAAUUAUUCUUUACUAUAUUUAAAGGUUGAUUUGCAAAUUUUAUUAUGAAAUUUAGAGGGUAAAAGAGGUUAUAAAAAAAUAGUUGCAAUAAACUAUUUAAUGUAAUUCAAGCAAGACUUCAGGGAUGCAAUUAAUGACAGUGAGACAAAAACCAUUGUUAAUAGGUAUACUGAGAAAUACUCAUCUUACAGUAAUAUAAUGUGUAUCUAUAUAAAUAUAUAAUAGUCAUGUAAUAGUCUUGUAAUAGUUGUAUAAUUAGUAUGCAAUAGUCAUGCAAUGGUCAUGUAAUUCAUGUAAUACUAUGUGUAAUACAUAUGCAAUACGUAUGUAAUACUUGUGCACUAUCUGUGGAAUACGUGCAAUACUUAUGGGAUACUUAUGCAAUACAUGCAAUACUAUUGUAAUCCCUAUGCCAUACAUGUAAUACCAGUGUAAUAACUAUGUAAUAUGUGAAAUACAUAUGCAAUGGUGUCAUACUUGGGACAGUCA